AUGAAUGUGCAUUUAUUGUUUGUGGCGCUGUUUGCAGUCGGCGCUAACGCGGGAUCAUUGCCGCCUUACUUCAGCGCGUGCUCCGCAUCAGACCCGCAUUUGAACCAGUGCAUAGAGCGGGUGAUCUCAGCGGGUGGAGCGCAGUUCGCGGACGGACUCCCAGCGCUGGGCGUGGCCCCGCUGGACCCGCUGAAGCUGGGCAAGGUGGUGGUGGACAACCCCGCGCUCAAGCUCGUCUUCACCGACACCGUCGUCACUGGCCUCAAGGGGUUCAAGCUUAACUCUUACAAAAUGAACGCUGCGCGUAACAAGGCCACCAUAGACUUCGUGGCCAACGUGACCCUGAAGGCGCACUACGUGAUGGACGGCCAGGUGCUGAUCCUGCCCAUCAGGGGCGACGGACCCGCCAAGAUCAAGAUCAAUGGAACACGCCUACUUCAAAUUCAGCAACCUCUUCAAUGGAAACAAGCAGCUGGCGGAGACGACCCACAAGUUCACGAACCAGAACUGGGAGCUGAUAAUGCAGGAGAUCGCGCCGCCCGCCAUCAAGGGCAUCAUCCGGAGCUGCGUGGACGUCGUCAACGACUUCUUCGCCAAAGUGCCGGCCGCGGAGCUACUCCUGUGAACGAUGAGACAAUCCACAGGGUGAUCAAUGAGAACUGGGAGCCGGUGAUCAGGGACAUCGCGCCUGUGGCCUUCGAACACAUCAUCAGAGCGUGCGUCGACGAGUGCAACAAGUUAUUUGCAGCCGUUCCUGCUGCAGAACUUUUGCGUCCAUAG